UUAAUUUAACUUGCGUCGUCCGGCCACACUAAAAAGCCCGAAAGGGCCAAAGUUUGUUUAUCAUUGUUAUUCGGCACUCUGAUUUGACCGAAAAUGAGCUCCAUCAAGAUUGAAUUCGCAGUUCAAAUGCGCAAGGGCGACGAGUCCUACGCCGGAGUUCUCCGUUCCGCGCUGGAUGGCGUUGGCCAGGUGGAAAUCGACACACAAGAAGGCCGUGUGAUCGUCCAGACGCAACGACCUUGGUCGGAGAUACACGAUAAGAUAGAAGCCACCGGUCGGAAGGCGGUGCUUUCCGGAUUCGGCGGCCAGUCUGCGGUGGCACUCAUCAACACGACGGGCAGUGUGGUGGAUCGAACGCCCAUCCAAGGAGUCGUCCGAUUUACCACCAUAACGCCGAAGGAGCCCGGCGUGGUAGUGGAUGGUGUGGUGGACGGAUUGACGCCGGGUCUACACGGAUUUCACAUCCACGAGAGUGGAGACACCUCCUCCGGUUGCUCUUCGGUUGGAGACCACUACAAUCCUCGCCAGUCGCCCCACGGAAGCCCUGCAGCUGCGGCAGCGGAACGACAUGCCGGGGAUUUGGGCAACAUAAGAGCUGAUGAGAGUGGCAGGGCCACCUUCAGGUUUGUGGAUCCAGUGCUGGAGGUUUGGGACAUCAUCGGUAGAGCUGUCGUCCUAACCGCCAAUCCCGAUGACCUUGGACGCGGUGGCAACGAACAAAGUCUGGUCGAUGGAAACUCCGGAGAAAGAAUUGCAUGCGGAAUUAUUGCACGUUCGGCGGGAAUCUUGGAGAACUUCAAGAGGAUCUGCGCCUGCGAUGGUGUCACCCUUUGGGAUGAGCGCAAUAAGCCAUUGGCUGGCAAGGACCGCUCACAAAAGCUUUAACAUUCUUUAAUUGUUGACCUUGUAAAUAAAAUUUGUGUCUUUAAUCGUUAAGCAAA